AUGGCGAUCGAAAGCAACGGGAAAAAAACAGAGUUUUCUGUCAUGAUUCCGGACGUAAAGUUCACCAAGCUCUUCAUCAAUGGGAAUUUUGUUGACUCUGUUUCAGGAAAAACAUUCGAGACAAUUGAUCCUAGAACAGGGGAUCCAAUAGCCAGAAUUGCAGAAGGAGAUACAGAAGAUGUUGAUUUAGCUGUGAAGGCUGCCCGGGAGGCUUUUGAUAACGGUCCGUGGCCUCGUCUCCCUGGCCAAGGAAGGAGAAGGUUGAUGAUGAAACUGGCGGACUUAAUCGAACAAAAUGUAGAAGAAAUAGCAGCCCUGGAAGCACUGGAGGCAGGGAAGUUGUAUAGUUUGCUGAAAAACAUGGACAUUCCAGCAGCAGCUGAGACUCUGAGGUACUAUGCCGGGGCGGCUGAUAAAAUCCAUGGAGAAACUCUGAAGAUGAGCCGGGAUCUUCAAGGCUACACGUUGUGUGAGCCGAUCGGAGUUGUUGGAGUUAUCAUCCCCUGGAAUUACCCCUGUAAUCUGAUGUUCAUUAAAUUUGCGCCGGCAUUAGCUGCAGGGUGCACUGUUGUAGUAAAGCCAUCUGAAGAGACUUCCCUUUCAGCACUUUUCUGUGCCCAUUUGGUCAAGGAAGCUGGCUUUCCUGAUGGAGUGUUCAAUGUUGUGCCAGGAUAUGGACACACAGCUGGUGCUGCUAUUUCAUCACAUAUGGACAUUGACAAAGUAACUUUUACAGGUUCCACAAAAGUAGGACGUUUAGUAAUGGUAGCUGCAGCUAAAAGCAACUUGAAACCAGUCUCACUUGAAUUAGGAGGCAAGAAUCCUUUGAUAGUUUGUGAUGAUGCAGAUGUUGAAACAGCUGCCACCAUUGUUCUUCUGGGCAGUCUAUGGAACAAGGGUGAACUAUGCGUAUCGAGCUCCCGCAUUUUGAUUCAGGAAGGGAUUUAUGAAGAACUCUCCAAGAAGUUAGUGGAGAAGGCGCAAAAAUGGGUAGUGGGCGAUCCUUUUGAUCCUCGUACUCAACAGGGUCCUCAAGUUAACCAGGUGCAGUUUGAUAAGAUACUAUCUUACAUUGAACUUGGUAAGGCUGAAGGUGCUACAUUACUUACGGGUGGGAAACGAUGCAGUGAAAGGGGAUUUUACAUUGAACCAACAAUCUUCACAGAUGUUCAGGACCAUAUGCGCAUAGCGAAAGAAGAAAUAUUCGGGCCUGUUAUUUCACUUAUGAAAUUCAAGACAAUUGAGGAGGCAAUUAAGAGAGCAAAUGCGACGACCUAUGGAUUGGCUGCAGGCAUUUUAACCAAGGACUUGAACAUUGCCAACACAGUCUCGAGAUCAAUUCGGGCUGGUAGUAUUUGGAUUAAUUGUUAUGCUGUGUUUGACAGGGAUUGUCCUUAUGGAGGGUACAAAAUGAGCGGAUUUGGUAGGGAUCUUGGGAUGAAAGCCCUGGAUCAAUAUCUUCAAGUCAAGGCAGUUGUUACGCCACUGUAUAAUUCACCAUGGCUCUGA